AUGGCAGAAGACAAACAACAGCUGGAGAGGAGACGGACGGCAUGCCGUGGCUGGGUAACUCGCAGCGCAAAGGCUUUUACUGCUUUGGUUACCAAGCCUGAGGUGACCAAAGUAGAGUUGGAAGACGCGGUAGACGACUUUGAUACGCGUCUUGCUCCCCUGGAUGACGCCCAGAGUGCUGUGGAGCUGGCUAUCUCAGAGUCUGACAAGUUGGAAGAGGACAUCGAGGCCGCCGACCACUUCCGCCGUCAAUUUGAAGCCUUAGUGGGAGAAGCAAAUAUACUUGCCAUAAGCAAGUUUGGUUAUCUACACUCUUCUCUUGAGGGUGAGGCUAAGCGAGUGUUACAAGGCAUAACCCUUACAGCUGCUAACUUUCCCAUAACAUGUAAGAUGUUAAAGGAACGCUUUGGGAAGCCUGAACGCUUCAUCUUUGCACACAUUCGAGCCCUGUUGAACAUUGACAUGCCUGUUAAGUCGUCGGGGUCUAAGUACAUUUCUUCGCUGUGGAAGAUGCAGGACCACCUUAACUCUCACGUACGCAGUUUGGAAGCUUUGGGAGUUAAGGGAGACAAGUAUGGCGUUGUUUUGACUCCUGUUAUACUGUCCCGUCUUCCUCAGGAGAUUCGUAUGGAGUGGUCCAGAGAUGGUUCAGGACAUGAAGGUGAUCUUGAUUGGUUAAUGACUUUUCUCCAGAGUGAAAUAGAACGGAGAGAGAGGUCAGACUCGUACAGGGAAGGUUGCCGCAGUGAGGAAACACGCAGUGGCCCUAUUGCAUCUGAAAGGAGGAAAGUAAUCCCAGUUACAGCCUCUGCCCUUGUUGCAUCCUCAGCACCAGAUCACCCGAAAGUGACUAGCACUGGUGUCACUUCUAGAAAUGAUUCUGUUAAGCCAGCUGGGGAAGGUGCAACGGUGAGUUCUGAGAGCAGUACAACUCCUUCAGUAAACCAUGUUGGAAUUGCACUAUGCAAUACACAGAAAGGCCACGAACCCUUGAGCUCCAUGUGCUGUGUUCUGCAGACAGCCAAGGUGAAAGUUGGUACUGGUAAAGGUAAUAGUGUUCAGGUGACAGUACUUUUUGACACAGGCUCUGACAGGUCUUGUGUAUCAAGCUCCUUGGUUAAAAGGACCAAGCCGACAUGGUUGAAAUCUGAACCCAUUUGUUACUCUGCCUUUGGUAAUAAUUCCUCUCUUAGCCAUAUGAGUGACUUGUGUGAUUUGAGAUUAGAGGAUUGUAAGGGAAUUGUUCAUUCUUUAGUGGCUGUGGAAAUUAAUACCAUAUGUGUUCCUUUAAUACGUCCCAGGGUACCCAAAGACAAACUCAAGGGAUACGAAUCAUUACCUUUAGCUGAUGAUUACUUGCACGACCAGCACAUUAAUGCAGAUAUUUUGGUGGGGAUUGACUCAUACUGGAAACUCAUGCUUCCUAAUCAAAUUUGUUUACAUGAAGGUUUGGUAGCCCAAGAAUCCGUUUUUCGGUGGGUUUUGUCAGGUUCUUGGACUUCCAGUGGCCCAAUGGGGGCAAAUACACAGCUUCUAUGUGUCAAUGCAGUGUCUGAAUCCACUCUGAGUAAGUUCUGGGACUUAGAAUCAAUUGGUGUAACAAGUAAGGAAGAAUUAACAGAGAAUUGUAACUACGUUCAGCAGAAGUUUGAUGAGCAUGUAAAAUUUGUAGAUGGAAGGUUUGUGGUGGCAUUACCCUGGAAGUCAGAAUCUGCUAGGUCUCAGUUGCAAGACAAUGUAAAGAUAGCUGAGAAAAGGUUGUCUAACUUGUGUCAUAGAUUCCAGAAGGAUCCACACCUGAGGGAAGAAUAUGAUGCUGUCCUUCGAAUGUAUGAGAAGGAAGGAAUAUGUGAAGAACUCCCGCCUUCUCAACUGAAAAAUAUUCAUCCCACCUACUACCUUCCCCAUCAUGCGGUUGUACGUGAGAGCAGCCCCUCUACUAAAAGAAAACGAACAUCUUUCUUCUGGAUAUGUGCAAAAAGUGAAACAAUGAUGGCAAUGUUGAAAAUCAAGGAUAGUAACAGAGCGACUGAUACGUCUGUUGGUUCCUUAGAUACAAGUGUGUACAGCAAUGCCACGUAUGGCUUGGAACACUCUUGA